AUGGCUGAGAACAUAAUAAGCUGCAAAGAGCAGAAUGAAAAAGCCGUAAUUCUUACUGGGCCAGCUAAAGGAGAAAUUGCAUUUGAUCCAAAAAUUUCCACGAUUCCCACUAACUUGCCAUUUUCAUUCAAACGGAUUCAAUUCCCUGUUAAAGUUUCUUUUGUGAUUACGAUUAACAAAGCUCAAGAUCAAACAGUUAGUAAUAACUAUGAAAGAACUUUAGAGCCCCCACAAUCUUCGUCAGGUGUCAUUAGAAAAAACAUUCAAACCGAUGGAGGAGAGAAAAAAAAAAUUAAAAUAGUAAGAAAAUAUAAUUCAGACUACUUGAAAUUUGGAUUUAUUCAAGAACCUAAUAGUGAUCUACAUCCACUGCCACUUUGUGUUGUGUGUUCUGACAUAUUAUCCAAUGAUGCUAUGAAACCUUCGAAACUUGAAAGACACUUCCAAUCAAAACAUAAGAAUUUAGCAAAUAAACCAAUUGAAUAUUUUGAAAGAAUGCGUAAUGACAUGCGAAAGCAAGUAAUUACUAUGAAAAAAAUGACAAUCGAAGAUAAAUCCUUGUUAAAGGCUUCUUAUUUGGUAGCACUUCAGAUCGCAAAAAAUAAAAAACCGUAUACGAUUGGAGAAGACCUAAUUAAGCCUUGCAUGUUACAAGCCGGUGAAGUAGUAUUGGGAAAGCAGGCUGUCAAGAAACUCAAAGAGAUUCCUAUGUCUGCUAACACUAUCAAACGCAGAAUUGAAGAAAUGGCUGAUGAUAUUGAAAAUCAAGUUAUAACAAUGAUGAAAAAUUCACCAUUUUAUUCAAUUCAACUUGACGAAUCGACGGACGUAAGUAAUAAAGCACUUCUCCUUUGUUUUGUGAGAGUUGAGUAUGGAGGAGGGCUACAGGAAGAACUUCUUUGUUCGCUCAACUUGCCAGGUAGAACAACUAGCUCUGAGAUUUUCGAAGCACUUGAUAGUUAUUUUCAGAAACACGGAAUUGAGUGGAAAAAGUGUAUUGGGAUAUGUACAGAUGGUGCUGCAAACAUGGUUGGACAUCUUUCAGGCAUUGUCGCAAAGGUGAAAAAUGUCGGUCACCCAGAUAUUUUGUCUACCCACUGCAUUUUGCAUCAUGAGCAACUUGCGUCAAAAAAAAUUUCCCCAGAACUAUACGAAGUAUUAUCCGAUGUUAUCAAAAUUGUAAAUCAUAUUCGACACAAAGCACUUAAUUCAAGGUUAUUUGAGUCACUUUGUGAAGAAAUGUGUUCCCAAUAUACACACCUUCUUCUUCGUGCAGAGGUAAGAUGGCUGUCGAGAGGGAAGAUUUUAACCCGACUGUUUACUCUACGUGAAGAAGUUAAAUUAUUUUUCCAACAGCAAAAUAAUGUGAAAUUUCAAGAACUUUUAUUCAAUGAUGAGUGGGUAGCCAAGCUUGCAUAUCUGGCAGAUAUUUUUUCGCUGUUAAAUGAAUUAAACAUAUCCAUUCAAGGACAACUUAAGGACGUGUUCACAGUACGAGACAAAAUGGAUGCUUUUCAAAAAAAAAUAUUACUUUGGCAAACACGGUUGGCUGAAGAGGAUCUACAAAUGUUUCAACAUUUUGAUGAAUAUAUGAAAGAAAAGGACGUUAACCAGCGAGUGGUAGCUAUUGUUCAACAGCAUUUAGAAUCACUUACAGAAUCUUUUUGUCGUUAUUUCCCAAAAAAAGAAGAUCCUAGACAUGGUAAUAUGUGGAUAAUAGAUCCAUUUGCAGCAAACAAUGAAAAUAAUAAGUUAAAUAUGAGCGAAAAAGAAAGCCUCAUCGAUUUAUCAUCCGACUCCUCACUCAAAACUAAGUUCCUGGAAUUAUCAAAAAGCCAUUUUUGGUUGUACGUUAAAAAUGAAUACCCUUUGUUGAGUGAAAAAGCAAUGAAAAUCUUAAUUCAAUUUUCAACUACGUAUUUAUGUGAAAAAACAUUUUCUUCGGUCACAGUUAUUAAGACACGGUACCGGUCUCAGCUAGAAAUAAGUAAAGCUCUACGACUUGCAGUGACUACAUUGGAGCCAAAAUUGCACGAAAUUCUUCAAAACAAACAGGAAUAA